AUGGCCACUACGAACGGCCAGGUGUCUGAGCCUGUGAACGACGAUGGCCGGAAUAACGUCACCUCCCAGAAAGCUCGCGACAUUCUGGAAGCUUGCAAGUGGAGGAACACGGCAGCUCUCCAGGCGCUGGCUGCCACGGAUUGCGGCUUUAUGACCGAUGAUCUCCGAAGGCAAGCAUGGCCGGUCCUUUUAGGAGUGCCUUUCGAGAAGGAUGACCUCGAUGAUGCAAGAAAACCGCAGACGGGUGGUGAUUGGAAAGAGCUGCCACGGCACAGAGACGAGGACCAGGUCCAGCUGGACGUUAAUCGAUCAUUCAUUUACUAUCCCAAUAACCAGACCGAAGCUGAACUCGAUCACCGCAAACGAGAGCUCUCCGACCUCAUCACCGAAGUCCUCCGCCGCUACCCAUACCUCUGCUACUUCCAAGGCUAUCACGACAUCUGUCAGGUCUUCCUGCUCGUCCUCUCGGCGCCGCUACGCGCCCCUUCGCUCGCGCGCCUCUCCGCCCUCCGCAUCCGCGACUUCAUGCUGACGAGCCUCGACCCGACCGUCGACCAGCUCCGCCUGAUUCCCGACAUUCUCGCCGCCGCCGACCCCUCCCUCAAACACUACCUCGCCGGCACGGAGCCCUUCUACGCCCUCGCCGGCACCCUCACAAUGUACGCCCACGACAUCCAGGCCUACGGUGACAUCGCCCGCCUCUUCGACGUCCUCCUCGCCCGCGAGCCCGUCUUCAGCGUCUACAUGUUCGCCAGCAUCGUGCUGUCGCGCCGCGACGAACUUGUCGAGCUCGCCCAGGACCCGGACAACGACCCGGCGCUCCUCCACCUCGCCCUCUCCAAGGUGCCCCAGCACAUGGACCUCGAGCGCCUCAUCGCCGACACGUCCGCCCUCUUCGCCGCCCACCCGCCGAGCUCCCUCCCUGCGUGGCGCCGCCGCAUAUCGGAGGCGAGCUGCCUCAAGACGGCGCGCGACCUCGACGCGUGCACCCGCCAGACGAUGCAGGAUGGCGAGGCCUUGUUCCACCGCCAGCUGGACGAGCUGCGCGCCGCCGAGCGCAGGAAGAAGAUCCUCGCCACGCUGUGGGCCUAUCGCCGCGGCGCCGGCGCUGUGGGUGUCGCGGUGCUGGUCGGUCUGGCGGCGGUCUAUCUGCGGAGGACGACGGCGGGGAGCGGUCCGCUGGGCGUCAUCGGGACGUUCGUCACGCGGUGGGCGAACAGCACGGCUUGGACGUACAAAUUCUAG